CAGAACAAGAAAACGUUACUUUAUUUUCAACCAAGCGGUCGCGACGCUUGCAGAGGGAAGAACUAAACCACAUUUCACUUUCACAGCCUUGGGAAAUUAAGAUCAGAAGUAGGCUAGCUAACUAGCGCAUAUGCCUAAACUAACGCUCAUCAGAUUGUGUUUCUGGCUUUGUCUGGCGUGAACGGUGGUCUCCCGAGAUGAUCUUUAUCAUAAAGUGGGAGGUGAGCUCGUGUUGACGCCGGACAAGUCCACAGUGACUGACUCCAUCAUAAGCGUCCUAUGGAAGCAUGGGAAGAACAAGGUGGCAGAGUGGGACCAGGGGUUUGGUGGUCUGGACAUCUAUGCCUCCUUCAAAGAGCGUACAACCCUGGACCAGACUACUGGAGAGCUGAGAAUCAGUGGAUUGAUGAAAACAGACAGUGGAGAUUAUUCUGUGGAGUUCAACAGCAAACUGCUUAACAAGACAUAUACAUUAUCUGUUAUCAAGGCAGUCCCCAAACCCACCAUCACUUCUUCCUGUAACCCAGACAAAACCUCCUGCACUCUGACCUGUGAGGGCAACACCACUGAUGCUGAACCAGUCACCUACAGCUGGAAAGUGGGAGAGGGGGUGUGGGAGGACUUAGACAAACAGAUUAAUGUCAAUAAGAGUGACACUGGCAAAUCAACCAACAGUUACAAGUACAUCUGCAAAAUGAAAAACCCUGUUAGUGAAGAAGUCAGUGAUCCAAUUGGACAAAGGUUUGGUCCAAAGGCAGUCCCUAAACCCACAAUCACUUAUACCUGCAACACAGACAAAAUCUGCAUUCUGACCUGUGAAGGCGACACCACUGAUGCUGAACCCGUCACCUACAGCUGGAAAGUGGGGGAGGGGGCGUGGGAGGUCAUAGGAAAACGGCUGAUUGUCUCUAAGAGCGACACUGGCAAAUCAACCAACAGUUACAAGUACAUCUGCAAGCUGAAGAACUCUGCUGGAGAAGGGGAAGUCAGUGAUCCAGUUGGAUCGGUGUUUUAUCCAGAGCCUUCUGAAGUCGGUGAUGGUGGGAUUGUUGUUGUUGUCGUCAGUGUAGCCAUUGUAGCGCUUGUUGCCAUUGUCAUAACAGUUUGGUUGGUGUGGAAGAAGAAAAAAGAAUAUCCCCAAGACACCUGGAUUGACUUUUUGAGAAAGUAUUGUGGUGGAAUGUGUGGGGUUCCUUUAACGCCCAACACCAAAACGGGGGAAGAUGGCGCAGACAAAGCUGGAAGGGGGCAGGGGAAUGAAGAGGCAGUCCUUAAACCCACAAUCACUUCCUGUAACUCCAACACCUUCUGCAUUCUGACCUGUGAAAGCGACACCACUGAUGCUGAACCCGUCACAGCUUGAAAGUGUGGGAGGACUUUGACAAACAGCUGAUUGUCUCUUAAGAGUGACACUGGCAAGUCAACCAGCAGUUACAAGUACACCUGCAAGCUGAUAGUUGUUAGUGGGGAAGUCAGUGAGCCAGUUAGACAGGUGUUUGGCUCAGGUGAGUGGUAAUGAUAGGCCAGGGCGGUAGGUAUCCUAGCUGUUAAGAGCACUGGGCCAGUAUCCGAGAGGUCGUUUGUUCGAAUCCCUGAGCCAACUAGGUAAAAAAAAAAAUCUCUGUGCCCUAGAGCUAGGUACUUAACCCUAAUUUCUCUGGAUAGGAGUGUCUGCUAAAGGACUGAAAUGUAAAUAUGCCUGAUCAUAAAUACUGAUUGUUAAUACAGAUGACAUUUAUAAAAAUAAAUAAAAAAUACAAACAUUUUCAAAAAUCAGUCUUCAUGUCAGAGCUGGUACUGCCAUUUUAAUUGCAGCUGGUGACCCUACCCUACUUAGUUUGACCACUUGUAUUGGCGUUCAUAGACAUUUAAUCAGUAAGGACAGUACAUUUUGUCAUCACUGCCCUGGUGGUGGGUAGGUCUCUCACACACACACGGGUUUAUGAUGGUCGUAAAUACCGAAACUCCUUUCCCCACUCUGCCAAAAUGAAAGUUGAGAAUCCUUUUAACACGGAGAGACACUUGGACAUCAAAAGGUUGAAUAAUUGAACAGUAUUGUACUGUGUUUAUGUAACCUUUUUAUAACAAUGCAA